AUUUGAAUUAAAGUUUCGUGAUAUCUAGGUUUUAAUUUCAGUUUCAGUUCAUAACAAAUAUUUCUUUUGAUUUUUUAUGGUUGUUCCAGUCAUAAUUAUCAGUUAAUGUGCAUUGAUUUGAUUCCUUGGUGUUAUUUUCUUUGAAAUUGUUCAAUUCGAUAUAUCAAUGCACCUCUGAGGUCGCUCGCCUUGUCUUUGAUUAUUAAAUAAAUGAAGCAGUUCAGCUCUUCAGUAUUUAGCCAAAUAAGUUUAGGUUUUUAAAGUAGCCAUUACUUCUGAAAAUCAUCUUGAAUAGAAUUCUUUCUGUGCGUGUGUUUGUUUUGUGCUUGUUGGAUGCAUCUCAAUCCUCAUCUAAACCUGCAGUCGCUGAACCUAUGAGCAAUGAAAUCCGUGUUUUGGCUCAUGCAAUAGAUCCUUGAAACGGCCCAAUGCUACCCUCCAAAGGAUUUUUCAACAACUUCAACUGCCCUUUCAAUGAAUAUGAUGUUUGUAACAGACCUCAUUGCCACUAUCGUCACUUUCGAAAGAAAAAACAAAAACCAGAAGAAAACGGAGGUGGAAAUGCUGGUGCCAUGCUAGCCAAUUUUAGCUCUGAGGAUGUUAAUACAUUAUUGUUUUCAGAAUUAAUCUCAGAAGCUGUUCAAAAUUUGUUAAAUAAGUCCAAGAAUGUAUUAGGUAGUGAGGAAGAAGAUAAAGCAUCAGAAGCUUUACCUCUACCCUUGCCAACAUCACAGCCUGAAUCAACUCCAGUUCCUACUUAUAAGCCAACUCCGAUUUCAGAGCUCAGCAGGAGACAUCUCCCAACCCUAUAUGUUCCGUCAAGAGCAGAGCCACGGAAAACAAAAGCUGAUGGCUCCUCUGAAUCGACUCAACCCAUCAAGAAGAAGCGAGUGCAAGAGUAUAGACCAAAACCUACCAAGAAACUUGACCAGCCAAUACCUGAAUACUGCCCGUCUGCAAUCACCUCAAUGCCGGAAUCUCAGAUCUCAGCUUUGGCCGAGGAACUCAGCUUUCUUGACAAUAUUUUUGAUGAUAAAGAUCUUCUUGAAAGUGAAGAAGGUGCGAAUCAAGCUGCCAAGACCGAAAAUAUCAGUAAGCCCGAGUCUGUGAAUUUUGAACCUCGAUUUUCGAGCGACGAAGAGGAAAAUGACUCGGACAAAGCAUCCAUACCAGUCGAGUCUGAAAUCAAAGAGAAUGAAUGUCAGUCCUCGGUAAAUAUUGACAUUUCCCAGGUAAAGGAAGAACCUGAAGAUUCUCCAAAGGUCAAGGAGAAGAAAGAUUCCAGCAAAAAUGAAAAAAAAGAAGACUCUAAGAAAAAAGAUAGCUCCAGCUCAAAAAAGCACUCAUCAAGUCAUUCGAGAUCAAAAUCCUCAUCCUCUAGACAUAGUAGUCAUAGCAGCCGUAGAUCUGUGGACAAAAAAGAUUCGAGAAAGUCUCAUCACUCCAGUUCAAGUCGACAUAAAAGUUCCUCUAGAGCAAAAGACGAUAAAAAUCGACAUUCAUCAACCUCAUCAAAAAGUUCCCGCCAUAAAAGCAGCAGCUCUAGGAAACAUAGGCAGAGUUCUAAAGACAGAAGGAGCAGUACUAGUUCCCACAGUAAAAGUAAAUCCAGUAGUAAGAAGUCAUCAAGUAGCAGUAGGGAUAAAAAAUAUGAGAAUCAUGUUUGCGAUUGUAAGUACUGCCCAACGAACAAGAAGAAAACUAAAAAAAGCGAAACAGAAUCAGAAGCCGAAGAGUCAGAACAGACUGCGUCUGAAAACGAAUCAUCAUCUGCCGAAAGUGUCAUCUACUGCUCUCCUGAAAGAACCAAAAUUGAAAUCAUCAGUUCUUCCGAUGAGGAAGCUGAAGAGAGAGAGGGCCAAUCAAUGGGAAAUGAUUCAAACUCAGAACCUGAUAAUGAUGAGGAGAAUAGUGCACUGCCUGAUUUAUCAGAUGGAGAAGGAACAAGCAGCGGUGGAGAGGAUUUGCUAGCCAAGCAAGUUUUCGAAAAAUUUAAGGGUGCAAACUUUAAGCCUGUCUCUGCACAACCAGAGAGUAUCAAUCAAAGUGGAUCUAAGAAGCGAGUUGCUUAUGAUAGCGUAGCAAAUGCCACUUCAAGUUGGCCGCAAGAUAACUACAAUGCUCCAAAAAUACACAAUAAAGGGAAUGACUCCCUCACCCCUGCUCAGCUAAUGGCCCAGAGGUGGGAAAAAAUACAACAACUGAAGAAUGCAGCUCCGCCAAAUCCGACCGGUCCACAAUCACCUGCACCAGGUAAAUUGCGGAUUGCCCAUGUUCCAAAUGUUUCCUCAUUGAUUGAGCGAAAGAAACAACUCAUCGAACAGAGAGUUCAACCAUACCCAUCAAACAAACCUCAACCACCGACUAAUUCUAGUCUGAAAGCAAAUAGUUCGAAGGCUGAGUCUGAUAAGUUAUCUGCUCAAGAAGUUUUUGCCUUACUCAAAAGACAGCUGACAGGAAAUCAUGAGAAAGUAACGGAGCAUGAAAGUAAAGUGGGGGUGGAGGCUUUGACCUUAGCUUAUGCCUGGCUGUAUGACAAUGCAGAGGAGGCUCAUGAAAAGGCAGUAGAGCUUGAAAAAACAGUAUCAAAUGCUGCACAUCAAGUCAUAACUUAUCGAAGAGCAUUGUUCCUGAAAAUCAAGAACAUAGCAGACCAAGCUAAAGAAAUAGAAAAGAACGGGAGGAGUGCUGUUUUAACUUUCAACACUUAUAGUUUUACAUAUGGUCACAACUUAUACCUGUGUUUUGCAAAAUUCCUGAUGUCUGAGGAAGAUCUAGACAUGUAUGGGUACCCUCGACCUCACGAAAACUAUGGCUAUGCUCUCAUAUCUGAAAAUGUUCUUCGCAAAGACCCACCUUACUCUACAGAUAGCAGAAGAGUCUGUGAAAAAUGCGCAGAGCCGUACACAGUAGAUGAGGAUGGAUAUCCCAUUGAGGGAAUAGGAAAAUGCAUCUAUCAUGCCCGUAAAGGGUUCAUCAGGAAUCGAACAAAUAGACAUCACGAAGAUGUGCGCCACAAAUGCUGCAGACAAGAAAAAGGCUCUCCCGGUUGCAUAACCUCCAAGUAUCAUGCUAGUCACAAUGUUGAUCCAAAAUGUCUAACAGGAUUUAUCACUCUUAGAGAUCCUCCAGAUGAUGGAGAGAAAGAAAACAACGUUUAUGCCUUAGAUUGUGAGAUGGUUUUCACAACCAAAGGCAGGGAAUUAGCCAGAUUAACAAUUAUUGAUGUAAAACUAAGAACUGUCUUUGACAAGCUUAUCAAACCUAAGGGAGCUCUCUUGGACUGUAUCACACAAUGGUCCGGUAUUACAGAAGCAGAUCUGAAAACAGCAACGGUCUCAUUUGAGGAAGUUCAACGUUAUGUGAAGAAGUUAUUCAAUAGCAAAACCAUUCUUGUUGGCCAUGGCCUUGAAAAUGAUUUAAGAUCUAUGAAGGUUUUACAUGAUAAAAUAGUCGAUACCAGUGUUGUUUUUCCACACAAGUAUGCUCCACAAAUGAAAGAGUCACUCCAAAAAUUGGCUGAACAGUUCUUACAGAAGCUUAUUCAGACUGGCGAAGAAACUCUGGGUCACUCGAGUGAGGAGGAUGCUCGAACAUGCAUGGAAUUAAUGUUAAUGAAAAUAAAAGAAGACUGUAAACAGUAUGCACCAAAGAAAGUGGUAAACCUGAAUAUUUCCCGGAGAUAAUGUUUGCCUUUGCAAAAUAGUUUUUGGCAUUCUUUACUGUUGGAGCUUAAGGAUGAGGAAUUGCUGAUGAUUUUUCAAGUAGGUGGUACCCUAUGUAACAGAACAUACAGAUUUGCUAUUUCAAAUCUUUCCUUUUGAAUUUAGAAUUACAUCGGACGUAAAGCACUUUGUUCAAGUUCAACUGGCUAAUUUUGUUGGAAUGAUCUUUCAACUGCAAGGGUUCUCUAGGAAAAUAUAAGUAUUUAAAUUAGAAUAUUAUUAAAAACAACUAAGGAUUUUACUGGAUUUGAUAUCCUUUAUCUCUAGAAAUAGUUGUUACCAACUUGUAAAUAAUUUUUACACCUUUUUAAUUUUAUAAUGCUCGCAACUGUAUUUUGAAUUUCUGCAAUGAAAUCGGGUAACCUUUUUUUGUAACUGUUUAUUCAAAUUAGCGUUAUAUUUUGUAAAUGUUGAUCAUUUUUGUUACAUAAUUGUUGAAUUUAUUUUGUGAAUCAAUACAACAAAUUUAUUUAUUUCAGUGUUAUGUAUAUCAUUAGAUUGAGACUCACCCAGUCACUUGUCGUAUUGACCAUGAAAUACCCAUUGACGUUAUAGACAAAAUACAUAUAUUUUGAUAGAAUUCAUGGAUGUAUUGAAAAUGAAUCCCUCUUGAAUCUUAACAACCAGAACGAAGGAUUGACUAAAGACUGAAGAUAUUCAAUUAAUUCACUGUGAACAAUAUGAUGGAAAUUCUACCAUAGUUAAUUCUCAAAGCCUGAAUAAUGGGUCAGUUGCGCUAGUCACAAAAUCGUGUUUUGAUCAUUUUAGUUUAUAGAUCAGCAAAAAAUAAUAAGACCUGUCCAAACGCCUAGUUUUAAAGUUCAAUAAUAAUAGCAAUAUUUGCAAUCGAAAAACAUGGCAUAUGAUGUCCUUCAUUGUAGGUAGUGCACACCUCGAUUUCUUUCACCUAAAUUUCAUCUGCGUUCUACGUCGAGUAACCAGCGUAUUUGCGCAGUAUCACUGAUUGUUUUGAAGCCACGGUAGAAGAAACCAUGGUGUGCACUACUGCGCUGGAUGACCACACAUGUUGUGUUCUUCAAUAUCUCUGAUAGAAUUGGUUGUAGAAAUUGGGAAUUUAAACAAAUCUUAUUAAUUUUUGCUAAUCUAUGAGCUAAAACCAUCAAAACAUGGUUCUGUGAUCAGCGCAACUGCCCAUUUUCCAUGCCUCUUCUUCUCAAGCGUGUGUAGUGCUAUCCUGUUGUCUAAUUUAAGGAAAUUCUAGAACAAAGUAAAAGUGAAAAUAUUUCCACUAGUUUCUAUCUAAAUUUUGUUAAUUUUCUACAGCUAGCCGAGGUUAAAUUUGUUUUACCUUUAUCUAAGAAUGCAAACUAUCUGAAAUGGUUGCAAUGUUUUUGAUGCAAUUUGAAAGAUUCUCUAGUCAUUUGCUAUCAUUCAUUCCCUACCCAUAGCAAUCUUCUUGUGAUCAUAUUAAGGCAGUUUCAGGAGGAAAAUGGGAAAAUUACAAAGAAAUUUGAUACCUCAUUCCUGUAAUUGAAACAUUUGAUAUGAAAUUUCUUAUAAUCAAUGAAUGGAUUGUUCUGAUUUAUUUUAUUAUUUUUCCUUCAAAGGUAAAGAAAAAUAGUCUAUUGACUACUGACUAAGAUCUUGACAGUAUCUUAUUUCUUUGAAGAGAAAAUUUUGCUCAACUCCUUGCAUUAAAAAAAUGUUCAGUUUUAUCUGAAAAUUGAAAACUGAAUCUAAUGUGAGGCGGCUCAUGCACCACUUCUGUCCAAAAAUCCUGUAUCACAUUUCUUCCAAAUUUUUCUUUUUGCUUUCCUUUCAAAAGACAACUAUCAUAUUUUUAUGGAGUUAUCAAGAAUAUAUUACGUCUAAAAGACGAAUUAAUUAAAAUCUCACAAAUUCAAAAUGUCAGCUUUUUCUAGUGAAAGAAAUGCAGCAGGUAGUUUGCAAUCACAAACCAAGAUACAGGGUUUCACCAUCAUAAUAGUAUUCAAAAUCGUCCUGUGGUCAUGUAACACUUCUGUCACUUUUGAACAAAUUGCGUGAGAGUCUUGACACUUUAUCAAUGCUCCCUAUUCCCAGGUAAAAGGGUAGAUAAUUUUAUGUACAAGUAUGGAUUACUUCAAAUUAUACCACUCAAGCAUCCUCAAAGCCCCUCGAGGGAUCCGAUAUCUUUGAAUACUAGUACCUCAACUAUUCAUGGUUUCAGCUAUCUGGCUCACGGAUAAGGCACUAUCGACAUCCUUAUUUUUAUUUGACAUUCAUGUCAGCUCAUCCAGUGGAGUUGCAUGGUAUUGAAAUCAGGGUGAUGUUUCUUUCUGCAAAUUCCCUAGCCAUCUAAAGCUCUGUAGGGUGCUGUUAGGACUCAAAAAAAGAUGUGGAUAAAAACUAGUGAGGGUCUCACUGACAGCAUUUAUACCUCACUGUUUCUGUAAUUAUACAGCAUGCUCAAUAGAGGUUGACUAUUCAGACUCAAAUUAUUGGUUGACCAAGGUGGUUUAUAUUUUGUUACAUGGAAUUUCGAUUAUUCUGCAACCAUAUUUGCCAACUGGCUCAGACCUCUGCUGUAAAUUUCAGAUGGUGGAGAUAUUAUUGUACUUUUAUAAUUUAAUUUAUAGGCCAUAAUUCAGCCUGUGACUUAAUCGGGCCAGACAAAUUUUACAACGUAGCACUUAUAUAAACUUCAUCAAAGUAAAAUUUAUAAGAAAAGUCUAACUUAUUGAAAAACCUUACUUUGUUCUUUUUCAGAUUUGAAAUUAGUGCAUCCAUUUUUAUAUUUUUUAUUCAGCUGCCUAACAUGUUUGUACUCUUAAUUUUGUAUUUUUUGCCGGUCAAACCCUUGUGCUAGGAAAAUAAAAUCAAUUUUCGUCCUCUGAUAAUACCCUUUCAUAAAAUGUCAAUUCUCAGGAAACACUAUAUGCGUACGCAAGUAUCAAACCACGUUGUAAAAGUAUAAAUAAACAAAUACUCUCAAUUUUAA